GCCCGCCCUCGGUGCCCGCCCGCCUUCCCCCACCACCGCACUCGUCCAGCACAAAACCCGUCGGCCGUUGCGCACAGAUUCUAGCUGGCCGCCCAUUCUUUUUUAUUUUUAUUUACCUGCUAGCUGAUUCGACAACAACGACAGCUCCAAACCGGGCUUAGCGCUUUUCCUCUGAUCAGCCUCUGCCUUUCUCCUUUUCUGCCCUUUCCGCCUGCCCUACCGCCGUCGUCGUUCUCUCUCCAGUCGCAGUCAUGGGUUGCGUACAGUCCACCGGCGUUGACGACGAGGCCAAGGCCCGCAACGAUGAGAUCGAGAACCAGCUCAAGCGGGACCGCAUGAUGGCGAAGAACGAGAUUAAGAUGCUGUUGCUCGGUGCCGGAGAGUCGGGCAAGUCCACGGUGCUCAAGCAGAUGAAACUCAUCCACCACGGCGGCUACAACGAGCAAGAGCGGGACUCGUACAAGGAAAUCAUCUUCUCCAACACCAUCCAGUCGAUGCGCGCCAUCCUCGAGGCGAUGCCCCAGCUCGACAUCCCCCUGCAGCCGCAGAACGACGCGCGCCGCGCGGUCAUCCUCGCGCUGCCGCCGCAGAUCGAGGGCGACGUCCUCCCGCGGGACGUCGCCGACGCCGUGCGCGGGCUCUGGCGCGACCCGGGCGUCAAGGAGGCCGUGCGCCGCUCGCGCGAGUUCCAGCUGAACGACUCGGCCGUCUACUACUUCAACGCAAUCGACCGCAUGGCCGCGCCCGGCUACAUGCCCACCGACCAGGACAUCCUGCGCUCGCGCGUCAAGACGACGGGGAUCACCGAGACGACGUUCAAGGUCGGCGAGCUGACGUACCGCCUGUUCGAUGUGGGCGGGCAGCGCAGCGAGCGGAAGAAGUGGAUACAUUGUUUUGAGAAUGUGACGGCGUUGGUGUUCUUGGUGUCGCUGAGCGAGUACGAUCAGAUGUUGUACGAGGACGAGAGUGUGAACCGUAUGCAAGAGGCGCUGACGCUCUUUGACUCGAUCUGCAAUUCGCGGUGGUUCGUCAAGACGUCCAUUAUCCUUUUCCUCAACAAGAUCGACUUGUUCGCGGAGAAGCUGCCCCGGUCACCACUCGGCGACUACUUCCCAGACUACCAGGGAGGCGACAACUACGACGCCGCGUGCGACUACCUCUUGCACCGGUUCGUCUCGCUAAAUCAGAGCGCGGCGACGAAGCAGAUCUACGCCCACUAUACAUGUGCCACCGAUACCCAACAGAUCAAGUUCGUGCUGAGCGCGAUCCAGGAUAUCCUGUUACAACUGCACCUGCGGGAAUGCGGUCUGUUGUAAAAGCACCCGCGCGGUGCCCGGUUCCUGUUCCCCCACGGAAUGACUCUGGAAGAAUGUCUCAUUAAUUACAUGUACAUGGGCCCUCGCCCGCUCCAUCCCUCACGCGCAAUGCAACGUCUAUCCUACACCCCACGCCACCUCGCCUCCACCCCUCUCGUCGCUGUCGGUUGGUCUUCUCGGAUCUUGGAUCAUAUUCCCUAUCGCACCGUGUUAUGUUCUUUUAUUUUUUUCCUUUCCCUUUUCCUUUUCUAUUGUUCUGUGGUUCUCCCGGGUGGGCUCCGUAAUACACUUCCUUAUGGAUACGGGGAGCUGAUGCUUUUUUCUCUUUCUGUUACUUUCAUUGCAUGUGAACUGUGUACAUAAAGCGUUUAUUACCCCCGUGUUCAGUAGUCGAGCAAUCUCUAUGCACUACCACUCCUUUGGCCCGCUACUACGAUACGAAAUGAGACGUUUUCUGCG